AUGAAUACUUUUGAUAAUCAAUAACGAAAUGUAACAUAAGUUAGAUUUGGAACUGAAUAAUCAGUUGCCUCAUCAAUUUAAGCAUUUCCAAAACGAACUCAAGUUGAAUUAUUUUGUUAUCGUCAUCCAGAUAGAUUUAUACAUUAAGGAUGCACUGCACUUAAUUGUUAGAAAAUGAUAAUGUGUCCAUAAUGUAAUACUGAUGAUGAUCUUCAUUACUAAGAGCAUAAGGAAGAUAUUGUUGAAUUUCCUCAUUUCUUAGAAAUUCUUGCCUCUGAAAUUAAAAAGGUUAAUAGAAAUGAUAGCAUGUAAACAUUAUCGAUAAGAAAGGUUAUACAAUAAGAAUGUCAAAUUACUUUUAGAAAAAGAACAUACUUAUUUGUUAGAAUAUGAUAAUUUAUGCGAAAAAUAAGUGAAAUAUUUUAAUCAAUUAAUUGAUGAUUAAACUUCAUUGAUUAUGCAGCAUUUCUAUAUAUUAAAAUAAACAAUCAAUACAUUCUUUGAUAGUAAAUAUUUUAACAAUAAAUAGAUAGAACAAUUCAAUACUUUUUCAAAUAAUAUUUAUUUCUUUAAAACUUAAUACUAAUAAAUUAAUCCUGAAGAAACUUUAGCUAGAUAUGGAGAAGUACCUCAAAUAGUUGCAAAAUUAUAUGCUAAAAACCCUUAAUAAUGCUUUCAUUUUUUGAAUAAUUUAAGAAAAUCAGCCAAUAUGGAAGGACAGUUACUUUCAGAUUUAGAUUAUAUAUCUAAUAUGGUUUUGAGAAAUUAUGAAGAUUAAUCUUACUUUCUAUAGGAAUUUGCUAUAAAUCAACUUAAAAACUCUAUUGCUGAUAUGAUUGAUUAAACUAAAAUUGCAGUAAAUGAUAGUUUAAAAUAAUUGCCUAAGUUGACUUAAGAUGUUCAUGCAAGUGUUGUAUCUUAAGCCUUUAUAUCUUAUAAUCGUCAUUAGGUCAGAUUAACUUAACCAGAAUUAUUUGAGAAUAGAAAAUUUAGAUUUACUAAUGUAGCUUAAAUCUAAACUCAUCAUUCCAAUAGUGUAACUGCUCUUGUGGCUCUUUCUGAUGAUGUUCUUGCAACGAGUUCAUAUGAUCGAACAAUUAAAAUAUGGAGAAUCUCUUCAGGUGAAUUAUUGAAAACAAUUUAUGAUACAUGUUGUAUUUCUAGCAUGAUAAGUUUGAAAAUAAAAAAUGAUAAAAAUCCUUAGGCAGAUUCAUAUACGGAUGAGGAAAAUUCUCAAUUACAUAAUCAAAUACUCAAAGGUAAUUUAAGUAAUUCAGGAUUUUAUUUAAUAACUGGAGGAUUCGAUAAAUAGAUAAAAGUCUGGGAUUUUGAUAUUAUGAUUAAGGAUAAUUAAUAUGAGAUGGAUAGAAUUGCCAAAUAUGAAUCUUCACUUUUAAGUUAAUCUUAUAAUAUGUCUGUAUUUCCUAUACAUUCAUUAAAGGGUCACAAUAGUUGGAUUACUGCUUUGCUCUCGUUAAAUGAUGAAAGAAAUAUAGUAGCUGGUGAUGAUUCAGGAGAGGUAAUAGUUUGGGAUGUUAUCAAUUAAAUAUUAUUGUAUAGGUUAACUCAUAUAAGAAACCCAGGUAUUGUUCCAUUUCUUAGUCUUACAAUUCCAUUAUAAUAGUUUUGCUGUUCUUCAGGUACUUAUCUGAGAAUUUAUUCAUGUAAUAAUGAUUUAAUUAUUAUAUUAGUAUUUUAUAAAUCUCAAGAAGAAAUAUAUCCAAAUCCAAAAUUUAAAGAGAGAUUAGAGGCUAAGUUUGGUCCAAAGAAAAAUCCUAUAUAAAUUGCUCCAUAACUAUCGAAUGUGUAAUUGGAUAAGGAAAUAGAUAUUUUUUGGGGAAUAACUGGUUGUAUUAGUCCAUCUAAUUACCCAAAUUUAAUUAUAGUUUUUGGUAAUUAACCAAAUAAAAUAAAAUAUGUUAUGCUAAAUAAAAAUAAGAUUGUUGAGAUUAAUACAGAUAAUGAAACUUAUUGUGGGUAAAUGCUUCUAAUUGAAAAACACAGAAUUCAUGAUUCUUAAAUGGAUUAAUUUUAUAAAAACUUAAAUUUCAUAAUGAUGGGAGAUAAGAGUUUAGCAGUUUAUGAUGGUUAUGGUACAAAAAUAAGAGCACUAGAAUCAUAAAUGGAUGAUCUCUAUGCUAGUAAUAUCUUAUGUUAAAGAAAUAUGUAGAUUUUAAAGUUAGAAAAGAGAAGUUUGAAAAAAACAUUGAAAUUUGCAUGUGUAUCAUAAUAUGGUACUCAAGAUUAUAAAUACAAAUCGUCGAGAAUAACACUUUUUGAAAUUUCUUAUGAAACCAUAUGA